AUGGCCGGCAAGGGCGGCGUCGAACAUGGAAAGCGGAACGGGAAUGUCCCGCCGGAGUGUAGACCGAACCCAUUAAUACUUCGACUCAGUGAACAAUUAAAUCAUCUGGACGCCUUUUGGCUUGCAGAUGUCAUAAGAAAUUUUAAAAGUAGUAGUGUGAUUAAACAACCGGUUUCAAAAUUUGAAAAGGGAAAACAUGUGAACGACAGGUCAAUUCAAGAACAUUUUAGUCAACGGAAUCCUCCAUUUGAUUUCAGGACUCCAGGACAGACAGCAGGCAGAGGCAAAGAGCAGGAGGAACCUGAAAUGGCGGCUACAUCUUCUUGUAACUUAAUGUUUACUCCAACAAAACCAGAUUCUCUCUCAUGGAAACUCUCUUUUCCUUCGCCUUUCACAACAGCCAACUUUACCCGACGCCAAAACAGAAAAGCCGAAAGAUUUGUCGUUUUUGCCACUGUAUUUUCUGACCCCAAGCCCACGGUUCUCGUAGCCGAAAAACUUGGAGAAGCUGGUCUCGAGCUACUAAAAACAUAUGCGAAUGUUGACUGCUCUUACAACCUCAGCCCUGAAGAGUUAUGUACUAAGAUUUCACUUUGUGAUGCGUUGAUUGUGAGAAGUGGGACUAAGGUCACCCGCGAGGUUUUUGAAAUGUCAGGCGGCAGACUUAAGGUUGUGGGUCGGGCUGGUGUUGGUAUUGAUAAUGUCGACUUGUCGGCUGCCACGGAACAUGGGUGUUUGGUGGUAAACGCACCCACGGCUAAUACGAUUGCUGCUGCUGAGCAUGGGAUCGCUUUGCUUACUGCUAUGGCUAGGAAUAUUGCUCAAGCCGAUGCCUCUAUCAAAUCUGGCAAGUGGCAGAGAGGCAAAUAUGUUGGGGUUUCACUUGUGGAGAAAACGCUUGCUGUCAUGGGGUUUGGAAAAGUUGGUUCAGAAGUUGCUCGGCGUGCCAAGGGUCUUGGCAUGCAUGUGAUUGCACAUGAUCCUUAUGCCCCUGCAGACCGUGCCCAUGCUAUAGGUGUGGAUUUGGUGACUUUCGAAGAAGCUAUAUCGACAGCAGAUUUCAUCUCCCUACAUAUGCCUCUUACCCCUGCUACAUCAAAAAUGUUCAACGAUGAGGCUUUCUCCCAGAUGAAGAAAGGAAUCCGAAUUGUCAAUGUUGCUCGUGGUGGAGUGAUAGAUGAGGAAGCUCUAGUAAGAGCUCUGAAUUCUGGCAUUGUUGCUCAGGCAGCACUUGAUGUCUUUACAGAAGAGCCCCCUCCAAAAGACAGCAAGUUGGUGCUGCAUGAAAAUGUGACUGUGACUCCUCAUCUUGGUGCUAGCACUACAGAGGCUCAGGAAGGUGUAGCCAUUGAAGUAGCAGAAGCAGUUGUUGGAGCUUUGAAAGGGGAGCUUGCUGCAACUGCGGUAAAUGCACCAAUGGUUCCUGCUGAGGUCCUGUCAGAACUUGCACCUUUUGUUACUCUGUCAGAAAAGCUUGCCAGACUGGCAGUGCAACUGGUUGCUGGUGGAAGUGGUGUACAAUUAGUUAAGGUGACCUAUGCUUCUGCCAGAGGUCCAGAUGAUCUUGACACUCGGCUGCUUCGUGCGAUGAUUAUCAAGGGUCUGAUUGAGCCUAUCUCCGGUGUUUUUAUAAACUUAGUAAAUGCUGACUUCAAUGCUAAGCAGAGAGGACUGAGGAUAACAGAAGAGCGCAUUCUGUUGGAUGGUUCACCCGCAAAUCCACUUGAGUUCAUCCAGGUUCAAAUUGCCAAUGUGGAAUCUAAAUUUGCCACUGCAAUUUCUGACUCUGGUGAGAUUAAAGUUGAGGGAAGAGUGAAAGACGGGGAGCCCCACCUUACAAAGGUAGGUUCAUUUGGUGUUGACGUGAGCAUGGAAGGCAGCCUCAUACUGUGCAGGCAGGUUGAUCAACCGGGUAUGAUUGGCAGUGUGGGGAAUAUACUUGGUGAGGAGAAUGUAAAUGUGAGUUUCAUGAGCGUUGGUAGGAUCACUCCACGAAAACAGGCAGUAAUGACCAUUGGAGUGGAUGAGGAACCCAGCAAGGAAGCGUUACAGAGGAUCGGGGAGAUACCAGCAAUUGAAGAAUUUGUGUUUCUUAAGCUGUAA